AUGAGAACUCGCUUUCUUACCGACUUUUUCAACUCCUCCGCCACUUCUCAAUCCUUACAAACCCUAGAUUUCCUCCGAUUUCCACCUCCUCAGCUCCCUUCACCCGAACUUUUCAACUUUGACAACCUCUGCUGUUUCGAUCAAGUCACCUCUCUUAACAUCUUUCCUGAAAUCGAGAGAUUUUCCGUCAAUGAAUCUCUCAGUAAAUUCUUCUCCGACGUUCUUCCUCAAUACAUCAAUUCCGAUAUCGAUCAGCAACUUGCGAGGACUGUAACAUCAGAGGAGAAAAUUGAUGGCUGUUUAGAUGGUGCUUCUAACAACAUCUCUAAAUUAGUUGAAUUUGAAACUCCAGAACUUCAAUUAUCUUUGAAAGAUUCUUGUAUUUUGCAUGAGGAGAAGAUGCAAUUUUUCUUUGAAAUUGCAGAUGAAGAAGUUAAUCUGGAUCUGCUUGAUUUUUCACAUGAGGUGCAAAAACUUCUGUAUAUACAGAAAUCAAUCUUCCAUAUUGAAGAUUAUCAUCUAGAGUUCCAGGAAGAUCAUAGGUCUGAUAUCUUUGAUAAUGGCAGUUUGAUUCAGGGCCAAAUAUCUUCCACUCUUAGAACAUUUCCUCUUUUGGAAAUAGACGAGACAAAAUUCAACAUAUUGGAACAUCUUUUAAACCACCCUCCAGUUCCAUGUCAUCAAUUUGAGGUAUCAUGUGUGAAGUUUGAUCCAGAGUACAUCAUAAAUGCCAUUAACCAUGGAUAUUCCUCUUUGACAUUGACCCCACUUAUGUUUGGGGACACAACCUUGAUCACUUUCAAUGGCUUAAUUGUCAAACAUGAACUUACUCUGAGAGAUGAUUCUUUCAAAUCCCUACCUGUUCCUAUUUUUUCUGAUCAUGAAAAGAUACUUUCAGUACAAGAAAUCGUUGAGGAAGUAUUUCUGAAGUUGAAGCUGCAACCUUCCUCUACUUCAGAUGAUAUAUAUUUGGAUUGGCAUUUAUUAGAGGAAGAUAUUUCCAAUUCCAGUCAUAAUAUAUCCACUUCUUUGAAAAUGUUUGAGGAUAUAGACACUUACAGUGUCGAUGCAAACAUGAAAUCAUGUGACAUUCAGAUCUCGAUUUUGGAGUUUGUUUUAUUUGAUGAAUGUUCAGAUGAGCAAAAAUGUAAAGAGAACAUUGAGGUAUUGAAAAUACAAAUGAGUGGAAAUUUGAUGGAUUCUGUUCCUCAUAAUGGAAUUGCUUCAAGUAAGUUAAAUGAUACAAGCAAGAAGAUGGAAAUUGGAGAAGCUUUAGUUGACAAUAAGGUGAACAAGGAUCCUCAGUUUGUUGAAUCAAUGUCAGAGUUUAAUGAUCUAGACUUCUUCUUAAACUCCUUAGAGGAUACUUUUGUCAAAAAGCAGAAAGCAACAGAUAAGAAACUUGAAAUGGAUUAUACCCUUCCUGUGGUUUCAUCUAAGAGUCUACUCAAGACACAUGAUACCACCAAAAUACCGGAAUUGCCCUCAGCAAUGGAAUCAAAGAAAAUCAACACAAACACGAGUUCGUUACCUGAUGCCAUCAUAAUUGUGAACACCCAAAAUGUUGAUACAGAAAUGAUAAUUUCAAGAAGAUCCACAUACCAAAAAAUCCUUGCAAUGGAGAAAGAAGGAGUACAAGUUGUUGAAAGGGAUUUAAAUCUACCAGUUGAUGUUAUAAUUAGUGCUGCAGUUUGUUUAGUGUUGUAUGACAUCAAAAACAUUAGAACAAAGACAUCUUCUUCAGAUAGUGAAUGCUCUUCAUGUGUUGAAAAUAUUGCAGCAAAUGUUUUAACAUCAAUUAGUUUCGCUUUCAGUGGCUGCAUUCUAAUAUUUGAAGGAGAAGUUGGUUUCCUUGGUGGUAUAAUGGAAUCAUCAGAUGAAUUAUAUGCAGCUGCAGCAAGUCUAGGAAUUGACUUACAACUCUUUUGUUCGUAUUCAUGUGAUACAACUGAUGAGAUAAUAGUCAACUGUAUUUCACAUGCUGCAAAGUCAACUAAAGGUCUAUAUCCCAAAAUGCCUGAAUCAGAAACAUUAGCUGAAUCAUUUCUAUCCAGAUUCCCUUCGGUUAAUCCCCUCUCAGCUCAUGCAAUACUCUCAUCAGUCGGAUCACUCAUUCAGUUUCUUGAAAUGCCACAUCAGCAAAGGGUUUGUGCUGUAAAAAAGUACCUUGUUCCUGAAUCAAGCAUCAUAUUGUUCACUGCUUUGUGUAAAUAUGGAGAAAGAGAAGAUUCUAAAUCAGGAAUGACAGAUUGCUGUUCUUCAGUUUCUUCUGGACAUGAUUCUGGAAAUUGUUGUCCUAAAAUUGACCAUGAGUCUAAAAAAAGAAAGUACAUUGACAUGCCCAUGAACAUGAACAUGGAUUACUCGUUUAAUGAUGUUACAUGGGAUACUCCAAAAACCAACAUGGACUUUGAUGAGAUGUAUUUUGGUGAAAAACAAAGAUCUAAAGGUCUGCAAGAAGGGUAUAAAGGUCAAGUUAUUGACAUUAGUGAUGAUGACAUGGCAGGUGAGGACUUCACCUUUGGGCACACUGAAUCUUUUCCAACAAGAAGUGCUCCAGACAAUUAUGGAACUAGAAAAAAUGAUUGGUGGAGUCUUCCUAGUUUUCCUACAGCUGCUGAGAUUACACUGAAUUCACAAACAGAUUUAAUGGAGAAUGUGACAACUUUAGAAGUGUCCUCAAUAGUGAAUUCUCCAAUGAAUUUUUUGUAA